CCGCCCCGCUGCCCCCAGCCCAGCCCAGCCCAGCCCAGCCCUGCGCACCUGGAGCCUGCUCAGCCAGCCCCGGGAGGAGGAGGCUGCGCCAUGGCCGAGGGGGAGAUCACCACGUUCAGCGCCCUGACGGAGAAGUUCGACCUGCCCGCGGGCAGCUACAAGAAGCCCAAGCUGCUGUACUGCAGCAACGGGGGGCACUUCCUGCGCAUCCUGCCCGACGGCACCGUGGAUGGCACCCGGGACCGCAGCGACGAGCACAUCCAGCUGCAGCUGAGCGCAGAGAGCGUGGGGGUGGUGCACAUCAGGAGCACCCAGUCGGGGCAGUACCUGGCCAUGGACCCCAACGGGCUGCUCUACGGCUCGCAGUUGCUGGGUGAGGAGUGUCUGUUCCUGGAAAGGCUGGAGGAGAACCAUUACAACACCUACGUCUCCAAAAUGCACGCGGACAAGAACUGGUUUGUGGGGCUGAAGAAGAACGGGAACAGCAAGCUGGGCCCGCGGACUCACUACGGCCAGAAGGCGAUCCUCUUCCUGCCCCUGCCCGUCUCUGCCGACUGACACCCGGCCCCAAAGCUCAGGGGUGACCCCAAACCCCAAACCCAGCUGCUGCUGCCUCCUGGAGCUCAGCAGAGCUCCCAGCUUUCGGUCAAGGCUUUGCCAAAUCUGCCAAAGCAGAGCCCUGUGCUCUGCACCAAGCUUUGCAGAGAUGGGGGACGAGUCCUGGCACUCUCCUGAGGUCCGUGGGGCUCCCUCUCCCCCUGCCCUCAGCUCUGUGCCUGUGUGUGCCAUGACCCUCAGCUGUGUGUGCCAUGUGUGCCAUGACCCUCAGCUGUGUGUGCCACAACCUUCAGCUGUGCCCAUGUGUGCCAUGACCCUCAGCCAUGUGUGCCACGUGUGCCAUGACCCUCAGCUCUGUGUGCCAUGUGUACCAUGACCCUCAGCCCUGUGCCAUGUGUGCCAUGACCCUGCUGCAGCUCCCAGGGCCUGCCCUGGGCAGGCACCCAGAGAUGUGCCCGAGGUUCCCCAAGAAGCUCACAUUUUGUGUCCCCGGGCAUGCCAAGGCAAAGCCUCCCUGCUGCUGUGUGUUAAUGUAUUUGUCCAUCCAGGUGUGUAGCUUCUGCCAUGCCCUCGAGCAGUUCCAGAUUGCACCAUCAGUGCCGUUAUCCAGGGCCAGCCUGGUAAGUGCCAGCUGGGCAUGCUAAGCCGAGCUAGGCAAAGCUCCAGCCCCAGACCUUGGCGUCCCUCACAACACCAAUAGUGUGUAUUUCGUGCUAGUACCUGCUGUAUGUUAUUUGUAUUUAUUUAUUGAGUAAAUAUGUCUCUUCUACAA